AAAAAUUCUGGUAGCCAAGCGACUGCCCUUCACUAAAUUUACGGUCAACUAAAGUUAACUGUAUUCGUUUUAUUAUUUUUUUUUUAAUGCAGAUUUGUUUAUUUGAAUUUUGAAGCGGAAAAAUUUAAGCAUGAAAUUGACUUCUCUUAUAUACUUUGGAUUUUAAUUGUAAUUUAUAUUUGAGUGUAUUUGUAUUAAUAGAUUUAAAAGGAAAUAAUAUUCCUAUAUUCUUCAGUUUCGGAUAAGGCAGUGUAAACCAGGCCGUUUUAAGAGAUUCUGAUAUAAUUAUGGCUGACAACAUCAAAGUUUCGGUUCGACUGAGAAAGUUAAUACCCUCGGAGAAAAAUAAAGAAAUAUUGUGGACAGUGAAAGACAGGAGAACUGUCUCUGAUGCUAAUUCAAGCUCUUCAUUUUCAUAUGAUCGUGUAUUUGCUGCUGAUGAAAACAAUGAAGUUGUCUAUGAUGAUGUUUGUGCUCCAAUUGUUAAAUCUGUUAUAAGUGGCUACAAUGGAACAAUAUUUGCAUAUGGUCAGACGUCUUCUGGAAAAACCUAUACCUUAAUGGGAGAUGGAAAAUUUGAUUAUGGUAUUGCUUAUUAUUGUGUAAGCAAUUUGUUUGAGCAAAUUCAGAAUAUGGAAAAUCAUGAAUUCUUGCUUCGAAUAUCGCUAAUGGAGAUAUACAACGAGAAAGUGAUGGAUUUGCUCGUAAAGAAAUCUGAAAAUCUUGAGAUUCAGCAAGAUCAGUAUGGAACUUGUAAAGUUCUAAACCUGACAGAAUUGGAAGUUCAAGAACCUGAGCAAGUUGUGGAGUUAUUAAGAAUUAAUCUAAAAAAACGAAAAACUGGGGAAACUUUGCUGAAUCAAAGAAGUUCUCGAUCUCACCUAAUAUUCAGAAUGAUCAUUGAAAGUCGUUUACGUGGUGAUGAAAAUGCAUCUGUUAAAGUUUCCCAUUUUAAUCUUGUAGAUCUGGCAGGAUCUGAGAAAGCAAGUGAUAACAGUGGAGCAAGAUUCAAAGAAGGUGUUAAUAUAAAUAAGUCUUUAAUGACUCUCUCAAAAAUUAUUUCUGAGUUGAGUGCAGAAAAAGAAAGCCAAUUUAUUGCUUUUCGUAACUCAAAACUUACAAGGAUUCUCCAAAAUUCUUUGGGUGGCAAUGCUUUAACUGCAAUCAUCUGCACUAUUACUCCAGCUUCAAAUGAAGAGACACUCUCAACAUUAAAAUUUGCUCUGAAUGCGAAAAAGAUUAAAAACAAACCUCAAGUGAAUGAAGUUGAAACAGAAGAGACUUUAAUCAAGAGUUAUGCCAAUAAGAUACAAAAAUUAACCAAACAGUUAGAAGCAACUAAAGAAGAAAAAGACCAAGAAACCAAAAUGCGAAGAGAUAUGCAAGAACAAAUUGAAGCUUUGAGAAAGAAAUUUGUUCAAUUUGUACCUCAAGAUGAGAAGACUACAAGAAAAAGGAGAGAAACUUGGGGCGGAAAUAUGAAAAAUAGUCUCCUACAACCAAGUCGGCCCUUGAAGCUGGCUGUGGUAGAGGAAGGAAAUGAAAUGACAAUAGAUAAUUCUGAAAUUAAUUCAUCUUUUAGCGUUUGGAAUAGAAUAAGCACAGUUUCUUCCAAGUAUUCUCUUGAUUCAAACUGGGAUGAAUAUUCUAGAAAGGAAGAUGUUGGUGUACAAACUGAUCUUCUUCAAAAUGAUAAGCCAUCUUCUGGGUUGAAUGGUCAAAAGGAGAACAUGAAGCUAUAUGAAGACAAAAUUGCCGAAUUAAUGAAAGAGCUUACUGAUCUGAAGCACUUUACUACAUUGGAGAAGCAAAUGUAUAUAGAGAAGCAUUCUGAAACUAAAGUUAUGGAUAAAUCCAUAAAUUGUAUGACGUUUUCUCCUUUCCUUGAAAAGUCAAGAAAAUUGGAUGUUGAUUUAUCUGUGUGUGAUGAAAGCUUUGGGGUCAUAAACAGUUUAAUAAACCGAAAAAGCCAAGCUGAUAGAAAUAUAAUAGAUAUAAGUCAAGAAAUGUUUUUUCAGAGCUUAAACAUUGUUAUAAAAAAGCUAAGCAACAUUUUGAACAUUGAAACUUUGUUGCCAUCAAUUGCAAAUCCUUACUUCAAAGUUAUCUAUCAGCUAGCUAAUAUAAUAUUUCAAAAGCAUUUUAUAGGUUAUAAAGACUCAACCGAUGAACAAAUCAAAGAUAUGUUCAAGCUUUUAACUAAGAUAUUUGUCGGAUUUAGUGAUCAGGAAAAUUCCGAUGAGCAUAAUUCAGAACUCUUAAUCCAUUUUGAUGAAAUGUCGGAAAAAUUAUUUAAGGACAUUGAGAAGCUGUCAAUAAGUUCUGAAACUGAUGCUUAUGUUGAAACUAAAAUUUCAAAUAUCUCUAAUGGGAACGACUUAAGCUCUGAGUCACCGAAUACUUAUAUAAUGCCCUCUAGUUGUCAGUGUAAGGAUCAAAUACCAUUGCUAGAAAAAUCUAUAAAUACCCAUCUUGAAACUAUAAGUCAUCUUCAGAGUAAUCAUGAGUUGUUGAAAAAACAGUUUAAUUUGUCUGAAGAUAAAAUAAAGAUACAAGAACAAGUCAUAACUAGUUUAGAAAAUGAAAUAAAAUUGAAGCUUAAAUGUGGUGCAGAAAUGGCAGAUAAUUUUACCCAAACUUCUUACAUGACACAAAUGAAUGUGUCUUCUAUGGAACCAAUAGACAGAAAAAAUCUUCCAAAACCUUCUGGUGAUGACUCAAAAAUUAGUGAAAUGAACUGUUCAAAUUGUCUAAAACCUCAGAAUUAUUCAGAUAAUCAAAAUCAUGAACUGUCUGAGGUCAAAAGUCAAUUGUUUGAUCUCGGAGAACAAAUUCGAAAAAUGAUGGAAAGCAGUAUGCCAAAAGCAUACUAUAGUGAUAUAGCUGAAGAUGAACCAGUGAAAAAUCUCGAAGCAAAUUCAGUAGAUUCUCUCAAGACAGAAAUUGCAGCACUGAAAAUAAGGCUUCACAAGAUUAAGUUUUACAUUCAAGACAAGACAGAGCAAUCAGAACAUAUAGAAAACAAAAUAUUAGGCAAGAUGGCAGAAAUUAGCUCUCUGCAGAGGCAAUGCUCAUCAACUGAAUUGGCAUUGCAGGAGAAAGAAAAGCUGUUAAAUAUGCUCAAUGGAGAUAUUUGCGAAUUCAGAAAAGAAGUAUCAGAAAAAGUGCUUUCAAUUCGAGCCAUGGGUGUAAAACUGAAGCAUCUUGAGCUGGAUGGUGUUAGAUUAGUUGAUGAUCUCACUUACUUGAAAAGAAUAACUAAAAGUUUUGCUGAUACUGUUGUUGACAGUCAUGCGGUUUUGAAGGAUCUUCACCAACAUCAAGCCUUGAGACAGACCAAAAUGACGCAGACUGUUGACAACUAUCCUGAUCUGGCUGCUCUUGAAGAAAUUAGGGCACAUGAAUUUAAAGAGAGGGCACAUUUGUGUCAAGAAAACACUUCUUUAAAACUAAAAUUAGAAGAAUUAAAUAGGAAGGUUGAAAGUUUGGAGCUAGGUCUGAAAUUAAAAGAAAAUAAUUUAUCGCAGAUUCAAAAGUCUUAUCAGGAGGAAAAAGAAAUGAACCUUUCUCGUCGUAAAGAACUGCAAGAAAGUUUGAUGGAGACUAUGCAAGAACACAUUAAAAACCUUGAAGAUAAAUAUGAAGAGGAAAUCAAAAAUCAAGAAAAAACUCUCUUUGGUAUGAUGGAUAAUAAGCUAUCAUCCCUCAAGGAAGAGUAUAAGACCGAAUGGGAGAAAAAACAAGAACAUUAUGAGAAAUUGAUCUCAGAGCUUACUGCAAAGUGUGAGAAAAUAAAAUCUGACUUGCAGGGCAAGUUGUCCGAGGAAAUAAAUGAGCACGAAGACGCUAAGCUUAAACUCAGAAAUGAAAUCAAAGACUUUGAAAACCGUGCAUUAAUCGCUAGUCAAGCUUAUUAUAAAUUGAAGAACAAAUUUAAAGAAUAUGUAAAAUCUGUUCAAGACAUGAGAAUGAUGAAUGCCAAGCAUGUUAAGGAGAAAGAGACACAGACUAAUUCUGAAAAUACCACUGCAGAAGCUUGCCAUGAAUGCAAAAAUUUAAGACAAGAGCAAAAAGAUUUGAAAAAUUUAUGUAAAAUAAAAGGCUCUGAACUGGUCUCCUUAGAAAAUAAUAAUCAAAAUAUGAGGAGAGAGAUUGCAGCUCUUAAGAGAGACCUAGAUUCAAAAUAUGCACUACUUCGUACCUGCAACUGUAGACUUAUUCCUCGUCCAAAAGAUAUGCUUCACGGAGGUAUUCAUAAGACUAAAGUUUCUGAUUCUGCAGAAGGUGACCUGGAUCAAGAUCGAAUUGGGAAGAAGACUGAUCUAGAUCCUAGAGAAAUAUUGAAGCUUGACUUUGUUCAAAAAGCUAUUGAUGAAGCAAGAGAAUCUGAACGAGCAAUAUUCAACAGCGGUGAAGGACCUGCUAGUCAGGAGAUGUGCAUCCUUUUAAGAAGAAAAUUAAAUAAGAAAGAUAAAGAAAUAUCUGAAUUGAGAAACAUAAUAUCCCAAAAACAACUUGGUCAAAAUCCACCAGCAAAGUCAAAUCGUGAAAAUAUACCAAUGCAUCCUUUAGAUGUUGAGGUUUUGAAUAAUUUUACUCCUAAAACUGCAAGCAAACCUGUUGAUGAUGCCCUAUUAAAAGCUCAGCCCAAGAAAAUUCUUCUUGAAAAGAAUAAACCUGAAAAAGUGGAAGCUCCUAGAAAUAAAUGGUUCAUGACGAAAGAAGAGGAAGAAAUGGCAAAAAAAUUGGAUGAGGAUCAGCGUAAAUACAGAGAAAGAGAUCUCGAUAAUUGUAAACAGCAAUGAUCGGUGCUGUUAAUUUUUAGUUCUUUCAAGUUCAUUUAAAAACAUUUAUAUUGAUUUUUUUUUUAAAAUUAAUUAUAUUUUUAUAAAUUGUAUAUGUGAUUGUAUUGUUUAUUUGCUAUUGUCUUGCAUAUAUGUUUACUUGCAUGAGUGCCACUCUUCCGUCCUGAGUACUGAAAUCAGUCUUGUGAAUUCUAUACUACAAUUAAUCUCUUUCCAAUUUGUUUUUUGAAUUUUUCAAAAAAAUUCUUAUUCUUAAAAAGUAACAAAUAUUUUUGGUUAAAAAUAAUUUUAAAAAGUAUUACUUUUUAGUGAAAACAUUAUUUUUCGUAAUUAUUGCAAUAUAAUCAAAUGGUGUCACGCCACAAUUUAAGAAUUGGAAUGAUGAAACUUCAAAUAAUAUAUGCGCCAUUCUCAUGAAAAGAUGCCUCUUGCAGUUAUUGAGCUAUAUUUUUCUGGAAAUUCUGUCAAGCAAACAACCUUAAACUGUAUUAAUUAAUUUAAAAAAAAUGAGUUCAGUCUUGAAUAUUUUUUGGGGUGGCACCCAUGUUAAAUGUUUUUAUGCGUUUUAGAUGUAUUUUAUUAUAGUGUUAGUGUAUUUAUUCAAGCUAUAUUAUAAAAUACAAUACACUGUUCUCUUCUGUCUUGCCUUUAAUGCAUAUUUCAUACUUAUAGUUUCUAACUUGUACUGCUGUUGGAAAAAAUAUUUGCGAAGUAAUAACAGUUCAAGUACAAAACUUUGUUCUAAAAAUUGAGCUACUUCCCCAACACUUAUAAGCAUAAUUGCUUAUUAAUAGAUUUUAUAUUCAUAUGUUAGAAAACUUUUCAUAGUUUGUAAUUUUUUUUAACUUAAACUAAUUUUUUACAUUAUUAUUAGAACAUAAAUGUUGCCAUAACUAAGAGAAAUUUUCUUCAAGAUCCAUAAAAGUUGGCAGCUAAGCUAAUAUUAUAGGGGUGCUAACUAUUACGAUUAAUCGGUAUUGAUUACGAUUUCGUAGCAAGAUUACAUUUCAGUAUUAAAAAUUAAGGUUUUAAUAAUUUUCAUAAUAAUUAAAAUAUUUUUUCCUCCUAAAUAUUCUAACAAUAAAUAAAACGAAAACUAUUUGAUAGAAACAAAUAAAAAUAAAAAAAGAUUAAAGAAAUCUCCUUUCCCCUUCUAUAACAAACUAUUUUGAAAACUUAAUCUCUUCGUACAGAAAAGCAAACAACUGAACAUCUACUUGAAUCUGAAAUGGGAGGAAAAAAUUUUAGGGUAAAAUACAGGAUGAUGAAAAGACAAUAAGGGAUAGUUCUAAUUUAACCAAAAAACAUUGAUUCCAAUUAAUCAAUUUUAUUUAAUAAUAAAGUAUAGAAUUUCAGUGUUGUAUCAGUUUUAAUUUAGUACCAUUAUCUGAGUAUUGCUUUUUUAUUCAACAGUAAAUUUAUACAUAAUUUUGUAAAUAUUAUAUAUUGAUGAAGAGUUUAAGUGGUAUAUAUACCUUAUUUUAGAGCUAAUUUGGAAAGUUGGCACCCUUGCAUGGGGCAAUAAUUUUAAUUAAAUGUCUUUUUAAACUGAUGUCAAUUUUUUUUUCCUUCAAUGAAUAAAGUUCUUAAGAAUAUA